AUGGAGUUCCCUUAUUCACAGGUGUUAAGAGAACACCUCGACGAUGAGGAGGAAGAGAAAAGUGAUAAUGAAGAUUGUUUUUUCAAUGCACAUGGUUCUGCUGGUAAAGGAGAUAUCCCAACAUUGAUGAAUGCUAUCACACAGGAUCCAAGUGUUUUGGAAUAUCAGGAUACUCAAGGUAUGACUCCUUUAACCCAUGCCGUAGCUGGUGAACAGUUAGAAACCAUGAAAUUAUUGGUGAAGAUGGGAGCAUCUAUCAAUACACAGGAUGUACAGGGUCGUACUCCUCUCUCUGUGGCAGCAUACCAGGGUUGGUAUGCUGGUGUCGUAUUCUUACUUCGUAAUGGUGCUAAGCAAUACAUAGCAGACAAAACAGGAAGACUACCAUUGCAUGCUGCAACAUAUGCCAGUGAUACAAGGACUCCAUUACAUUGGGCUGCUGCAACAGGACAGUGUGCGUGUGUUGAGAUUUUACUGAAAUUAAAAGUGGAUCCAUCGCCAACGGACUGUGUUGGAGGAACUCCUUUGGACUAUGCUGAACAAUCAGGACAUCGAGAUGUUAUUAAAUUAUUGCUAACACAUGGCGCAAAGUAUGGCACAAUGAAACCAAAUAUUAAAGAGAAUCACCAAAACAAUGCAGAUUCUAGUUCUACAACUGCAAAAAAAGGAAGAUUUGGAUUCUUAAGUAAUCUAUUUACAAGCAAAAAAGAGAAAGUGAAAACUACCGACUCUGAGCAACUUCACAUAAACACUGAAUCUAUUGAUGCAGUGGGAAAACAAGUUGCUACCUGGUCUCCUGUUGAACAGCGUGCACUGAAAGUGCUGUCCCCAAUACCUCAGGCUAUGUCAAGAACUAAAAACACCAACAAACAAGUAGAUUUGGUUGGGGAUGAUCUUUCACGAAAUUUGUCCCUGUCAGAACAAAAAUUCAAAUCAACGACAUUUCAAAAAUACUCUCCAUUGCCUUCACCGGUUGCUAUGAGACGAGGACAUAGUGACCCAACUGCCGAUAACAGCGGUAUUAACUUACAUUUACCUGGAACAAGUCUUUUAAGACCUAUCUCAAAGAGAUCAGCCGAGUUGGCUGCACAUGUUGAAACCAGUUCACAGCAAAUAUUAGCAGCACAAAGGAAGGAUAAAGGUAUCCUCAAUUCGAUCCAGACUUUGACUCCAAACCACACACAUGCCACAGGAUCAUUGAGCCAAGGUGCCACACCACACAAUAGUCCUAAGUUGGCACCGUUAAGAAUAGUUAGACCAAAGAUAAGUUCCUCCAGUUAUCCACCAACUGAGAAGUAUAAGCCAAUGAUGUACAAUACAAGUACUAGUGAAGAUCGGAGUGAUGAUGAAGAAGAUAGAAUACGUAGUGAUAGACCACGUUCCAAAUCUUUACAACCAGCGAGCGAUGGUCUGGUCUCCAAAAGCUCAAAGAAAAAGGAUUCAAGUAGAGAAUUGAUUGACCCAUUACAUAUCCACGAAAAAUCUCACAGAAAGAAGAAAAAGAAAAAUCGUGACAGAAGAGCUGUAUCACUUGAGGAAGACAAAAAAGGUCUGUAUGAGUGUGGUUUGGAUGAGGGCGCUGCUCAAGAAAAAUCGAGGAUGCUGCUCACAAACUAG